AUGGCUAGAACAAAGCAAACAGCUAGAAAGUCUACUGGUGGUAAAGCACCAAGAAAACAAUUAGCCUCCAAGGCUGCAAGAAAGUCCGCUCCAUCAACUGGAGGUGUCAAGAAGCCCCACAGAUAUAAGCCUGGUACCGUCGCUUUGAGAGAAAUCAGAAGAUUCCAAAAGUCUACUGAGUUAUUGAUCAGAAAGUUGCCAUUCCAAAGAUUGGUCAGAGAGAUUGCUCAAGAUUUCAAGACUGAUUUGAGAUUCCAAUCUUCAGCUAUUGGUGCUUUACAAGAAUCUGUCGAAGCUUACUUAGUUUCUCUUUUCGAAGACACUAACUUGUGUGCUAUUCACGCAAAGAGAGUCACCAUCCAAAAGAAAGAUAUUCAAUUGGCUAGAAGAUUAAGAGGUGAAAGAUCUUAG